AUGCGUCCCGCCCAGUCGCUCGUUUCGCUGGCCGUUUGCCUCUCCUCCAUCGUCGUCCCCGCCGCUGCCGUCGCAUGGCCCAAUUCGCACUGGCUCCCCGAGAUCCGCAACCUCGUUGCUCGUCAAGACUCAUCUUCGAGCUCACGCUCAGCUUCCCCAUCGCCCAGUGCAACACCCGGCAGCGCUGUCAGCGCGGACAGCACAGCGUCCCGAACAAACGCCGGUCAGAACACAGCUGAGCCCACGGCCACCGGCAAGUCCAGCGGCAAGUCCAGCGGCACCCGCACCAAGGACGGCGGCAGCGAGGCCACACAUACCGAAUUCCCUCCUGACGCGCCCCCAGGCGGCGUCAGCAUGCUGAGCCCGGCUACCAAUCUCGAGCCUACUCCCCUCUACAAGAUCAGGGACCACGUGACGUGGAGCUGGAACUACACCUCGCUGCUCGGCACCCCCACCGCCGUCGAUGUUCUCGUCAGCUGCUCGGUUGCGUCCGAAACGUGGACCCUGACUUCCAACAUGACCUUUGAGACAUCGGUCGAGUACGUCUGGGACACUAACAAGGAGGCCGAUUCCGUCGAGAAGCCCCUCUUGGAGCAGCUGUACACGCUCAUUGUCAAGGACUCUGAAGCCGCCAUCACAGCACCUCCACAGCCCGGCUACCUGGGCACCUACAAGGGCUUCACUUUUGGUCUCUACGCGGGGAAGCCUGCCACAGCGUUCGCGGACUGGAAGUGCACUGGAUGCAGUGGCGCCUCGUCGCUCUUCGACAACCAAGCCCUCGGUCUCGCUGUCAGCAUGAGCGUCAUCACAUUCCUCAGCUUUACGUGGUUUGUUUCCGGCCUUGGGCUGCGCUGA